GAAGAUCCGUUCCUUACUGCGCUUAGCCAGCCUUUUACCCUGCCAACUUCAGGCGUACCCUCUUCUCAGCCACAUACGCCUCUCCUAUCUGGGGAAACGGUAGGAAUAGCUGAGGGAGACAAAGAGGCUCCCGACCACCAUCAUAACAUUGACGAUGGAGAUGAUGAAGAUAAUGCUCCAGACGAGUUGCCCUUCAUGCUUCAGCCAGAAACACCUUACUUACCUCCUCCGAGCAUUCUAUCUGAAGCCCCACAUAGUAUCAUGCACACUCUCAUUACACACACUCAACCUCGCAUCUUCAAUGACAAUCUCUAUUGA